AUGAUUGCUGACACGAUAAUUCCCCAAUUUCCGCCUGCCUACGUCAAAGAAAACGGCAGGACGAUUGAUUGGGGCAUUGGAAAUCUCAUAGCAUAUGCCAGUGGCUGUGUCGUUCAUUUAUCUGACGUAGAUGGCGAUAAAUUACAAAGAAUGUGCUCAAUUGAAGUUGCUCCAUAUCCAGUUACAUGUAUUUCACUCCACCCGACUAGGAGGAUUUUAGCUGUCGGUGAUAACAACAGCCGUACGUUUCUUUGGGAUUUAGAUUCACGUCGCUUCUUCGCAUCAGCAAAAUCAUCAGUUCCAGGCGAUAAGGCACUCUCUUUAUGCUGGAAAGACGAUAUAUUAAUGAUUUUAUAUGAAUCACAGCGUUUAAUCGGCUUAAAAUGCGUUUCAAGUACAUCAUCUGAGCUUUACAGGAAUUUCGAGUUACUCUGGGAAGUUGAGCUCUCAAAUUACUUUACAAACAUCUCAGUUGACCCUCAUUAUCAUCUAUUUUUAUUAUUAAGUGGUCCGAAAUCGAUUUUCUCAAUCUACAAGUCAAUAAGAGCCGAAAAAUGUCCAGUUCCUUACUUCGAAACGAUCCAACUUACGAAUCCUGAUGAAAUUCAGGACGCACAGUGGUCAUUGCAUCUUCCUGGCUACAUUUUCAUAAUUUUGAGGGGAGAAAUCAUGUUCUUCCACAUGGAAAGCAAGUCUAUCAUGCCAAUUAUCACUCAGAAAUCAACAUCUUCAGGUUUUUCAUUUAUUGUUCAAUUCCAAAACGAUUACUCUCAUUUAAUUACUUUCCACAAAAGUGGAGCCAUUUCUGUCUUUGAAAACAAGAAAUUUUUCACUUUUGUACUCAAAUACGAUUUCCAACCGAAAUUACUCAACGGAAUUGCAGUUGCUGCAGCGAACUCAAACUUACGAGAUGAUAUUAUCGCAUUAUACUAUCCACAACUCGGUUUAGCUCUCUUAGACUUAAAUUCUUUCAAAAUCAAAACAGUUAAUCCGAUUUAUCCAGCGAAUAUCACAUGUUUCGACUGCGAUGGUGUCGGAUACGCGUACGGUACUAGCGAUGGUUUCAUAAUUUUCGGAAAUUGUUUUGAUGUCGAUGAAUUAAACCGCUAUUCAGUUGGCGAAGGUUCUGUUCAGUACGUAAGCUUCGAUGCAAAGCACAGACGCAUUUACUGGCAGACGAGCAAAGAAGUUGGCGUUGUAAAUCUUACAGAUAAGAAAAUCAUCACAUACCAAUCCCGUAUUGGUACCUCCGCAUUGCGAUGCUUCGGUAGUCACGCCGGUGCAUUCAUUGUCCAAAGAGAUGCCCGCGCUCUCGGUAUUUUCAUCAAUGACAAAGAGAGGCCAUUACUUCUGACAUCUGACGCUUUUGACAUAGCUGUCGACGAAUCGAAAUCAAAUCUGACAAAUGGCAGAUUUGCGGUUUUGAUGAAGAACCAGUUCAUACGGUUCUUCACGUACAGUCCCUCGGGUAUCACAGAAGAUAAAGACGGAUUGAAGCCGAGAAACAUCGAUUCCGACGCAAUUACAUUUGCUAUCAACGGAUGCAACUUCGUAACAGGAUUUUCCAACGGCCUAUUACUUUUCUAUAACCAGGAGACUAAGUCUAUCAGAAGAGUAAUCACAGGUUUCUUCAAUUUGAGGAAAUUAAAAUUUGUUGGAAAUUAUCUUUACGGAUUAGCCAACCAGAGCACUUUAUUUGAGAUCAACGACAAAGAUGACAACCCAAGGAUAUGCCAGCACCCUGUUCUUAACUUCUGUACCAUAAAUGAAGAAGUUAUUUUGGUAAAAAUGGACGAUAAAGUGGUCAGAUUCCUUAAUAUUGCUGAUUGGAAGCCUGUCCACUACAUGUCGAAGUUCAUACAUUUGCCGACAGCCGCAGAAAAUCUUAAAUUAUUUAUUGAAAGAAGAAGAAAAGGCGAAGGACUCGAAUACAUCACGGAAGAUGCAAGAGAUGUAUGGCAAGUGUUCAAUGGCAAGCAAUCCUUGCGUCUUUCUUCACUUGCUGGCAUUGGAAAACCCGGAUUCUACGAAGAUCUCACUUGUGAACUGCUAGAAAGAGCCGGAAUCAAUAACCCUGAAGGCCUUAAUGUUAAAUUCAGGGCGUAUCUGUUUUCAAACAGGUUUGAAGAGGCAGCAGCGAUAAUUUCAGGAGAUGAUCCGAAUGAACCAGGUUAUUUGUACAAAGUAACAUUCUCCGCCUUACUUAUUAAUGUCAAGAAAGACAUUGACGACCAAACAAUCGCACAUUUGAAGAUGUGUGCGACUGCAUUGAUGUCUAGUCAGAAAUACUACGAUGCCGCAGUUUUGUUUAGAGUUGCAAGGCUCGAUAGAAUGGCUGUUGACUAUUUGUUGUCUGAGGAACAGAUAGAACUCGCGUUGAGGUUCAUCAGAUCUGUUUUGGACGGAGAAGAGAAGAAAUCAGCUGUUUUCAAGUACGGAGCAAACAGAUACAACAAAGGAUACGUUCAACCGAGUCUUCCUUUCUUCGCUGGUGCUGAGGAGUACCACGCAGUUCUCGCUGCAAUGUACCAAAUCGGAUUGGUCACUGACGCGUACUUCUUACUCCAGAAACUGAAGGAAACUGGAAGACUCAAAUCUCUGUCUGAAAACCAGAGAAAACUCGUUCCAAACAUGCCUCCUCUAGAAGAAUGCAUCAAUAACAUCGAAGUCCAGUUUGCUGAGAUCCUCAAGAAACUGAACCUCGAAUAA